AGGCGCCCAAGAUCCGAACCAGUUGCAAGUUCCAUCUCGCCGAGAGAGCGCAACUCCUGAACAAUCUGAGGUCAAGCCAGAUGUGACUCCUGAAGAGACCGAGCAGGAAGAGGAUGACACUGAGCAGGAUGGUGACGUUAAGUCCAGCAUGGAG